CCCGGCCUUGGCCGCUGCCGGUCUCUGCCUUAGCCACCGCGCUACCUCCGAGUCUCCGCGUCCUCCAGCCUCCUGCUCACCCCCCCGCGCCAUGGAGGGCUACCAUAAGCCUGACCAGCAGAAGCUGCAGGCCCUGAAGGACACAGCCAACCGCCUGCGCAUCAGUUCUAUCCAGGCCACCACAGCUGCCGGCUCGGGCCACCCCACGUCAUGCUGCAGCGCCGCGGAGAUCAUGGCUGUCCUCUUUUUCCACGCCAUGCGCUACAAGCCCCAGGACCCCCGGAACCCUCACAACGACCGCUUUGUGCUCUCCAAGAAACAAGCUUUCACCGAUGUGGCCACUGGCUCACUGGGCCAGGGCCUUGGAGCCGCUUGUGGGAUGGCUUACACAGGCAAAUACUUCGACAAAGCCAGCUACCGUGUCUAUUGCAUGUUGGGAGAUGGGGAGAUGUCGGAGGGCUCUGUGUGGGAGGCCAUGGCCUUCGCCGGCAUCUACAAGCUGGACAACCUCGUCGCCAUUCUUGACAUCAACCGCCUGGGCCAGAGUGACCCUGCCCCGCUGCAGCACCAGUUGGAUGUCUACCAGAAGCGUUGCGAGGCCUUCGGCUGGCAUGCUAUCAUCGUGGAUGGACAUAGCGUGGAGGAACUGUGCAAGGCCUUCGGCCAGGCCAAACACCAGCCAACAGCCAUCAUUGCCAAGACCUUCAAGGGUCGAGGGAUCUCAGGAAUAGAAGAUAAGGAGUCUUGGCAUGGGAAGCCUCUCCCCAAAAACAUGGCUGAGCAGAUCAUCCAGGAAAUUCACAGCCAGAUCCAAAGCAAAAAGAAGAUCCUGGCAACUCCCCCGCAGGAGGACGCCCCCUCGGUAGACAUCACCAACAUCCGCAUGCCCACUCCACCCAGCUACAAAGUCGGGGACAAGAUAGCUACCCGCAAGGCCUACGGGCAGGCCCUGGCCAAGCUGGGCCACGCCAGUGACCGCAUCAUCGCCCUGGAUGGGGACACCAAGAAUUCCACCUUCUCAGAAAUCUUCAAAAAGGAGCACCCAGAUCGGUUCAUCGAGUGCUACAUUGCCGAGCAGAACAUGGUGAGCAUCGCUGUGGGCUGUGCCACACGCAACAGGGCCAUACCCUUCUGCAGUACUUUUGCAGCCUUCUUCACGCGGGCUUUCGACCAGAUUCGCAUGGCGGCCAUCUCCGAGAGCAAUAUCAACCUCUGCGGCUCCCAUUGCGGUGUGUCCAUUGGGGAAGACGGUCCCUCUCAGAUGGCCCUGGAAGAUCUGGCUAUGUUUCGAUCGGUCCCCAUGUCAACUGUCUUUUACCCAAGCGAUGGGGUAUCUACAGAGAAGGCGGUGGAAUUAGCAGCCAAUACAAAGGGCAUCUGCUUCAUCCGGACCAGCCGCCCAGAAAAUGCCAUCAUCUAUAACAACAAUGAGGAUUUCCAAGUUGGACAAGCCAAGGUGGUCCUGAAGAGCAAAGAUGACCAGGUGACUGUGAUCGGGGCUGGGGUAACCCUACAUGAGGCCUUGGCUGCUGCUGACCUGCUGAAGAAAGAGAAGAUCAACAUCCGAGUGUUGGACCCUUUCACCAUCAAGCCCCUGGAUCGGAAACUCAUUCUUGACAGUGCCCGUGCUACCAAGGGCAGGAUCCUCACGGUGGAGGACCACUACUACGAAGGUGGCAUAGGUGAAGCGGUGUCCUCUGCAGUAGUGGGCGAGCCUGGCGUCACUGUCACUCGCCUGGCUGUUAGCCAGGUACCAAGAAGCGGGAAGCCAGCUGAACUGCUGAAGAUGUUCGGCAUUGACAAGGAUGCCAUCGCACAAGCUGUGAGAGGCCUCGUCACCAAGGCCUAGGGAGUUACAGGGUGUGGGGCGGGGGUUCUGCACAUUCCGGAGAGAUUCUGGCAGAGGUGCUCAAAGAUGUACUGAGAAGAGAGGUAAAUAUAUGUUUUGAGAAAAACGAA